UACACAGCCACAACAGCAGGAGUGAUCUCACCUCCUCUCCACCCCUUCCAUCCUGUCGCCGCUGUCAGCCUCCGCAGAAAAAGAGCGCAGAGCCGUCAGCAGCAGCAGCAGCGGCAGCAGCAGCAGCAGCGGCGGCGGCUGUGCGUAAAGAACAGCGCUGAGCGUUUCCACGGUGGAUUUUUCAUCCCCCAACCCUCCUGAAGCAAACAAACCAAACAGAAAAAGAGAAGAAGAUUAAAAAAAAAAAAAAAAAAAAACGAAACAAAAAAACAGGACCUCUACUGAGCGACAGAGGCGAGCGACCAUGGAAGAACUUACGGCAUUCGUGUCGAAGUCUUUCGAUCAGAAGAGCAAGGAGAGCAGCAAGGAGAGCAUCACGUACAGGGAAGUUUUGGAGAGCGGCUUGGCGCGGGCGCGGGAGCUGGGCAGCCCGGAGAGCAACCUGCAGGACAUUACGGACACCAACCACUGCCCCGUGCACCUCUAUAAGGACCACGUGGAGCUGGAGAAGGAGAAACUGAAGGACUUUAAUGUUUCCAGGGCGACAGAGGGGAUCUACGAGUGCAAAGAGAAAAAGGAGGACGUGAAGUCCGAGGACGAGGACGCGCAGGGCAAGCUGAAGCAGCGGCGGAGUCGCACCAACUUUACCCUGGAGCAGCUCAACGAACUGGAGCGGCUCUUCGACGAGACGCACUACCCAGACGCGUUCAUGAGAGAGGAGCUGAGCCAGAGACUGGGACUGUCUGAGGCCAGAGUGCAGGUCUGGUUCCAGAACAGAAGAGCAAAAUGUCGAAAACAAGAAAACCAAAUGCACAAAGACAUCUUUCCCUUCUCCCCAGGUGUGAUUCUGGGCAGCGGCAGUCACCUGGACGCCUGCAGAGUGGCUCCCUAUGUCAAUAUGGGCGCCCUGCGAAUGCCCUUUCAACAGGUUCAAGCACAGCUACAGCUGGAUGGAGUCACCCACUCCCACCCUCACCUGCACCCUCACCUGGCCGCCCACGCCCCCUACCUGAUGUUCCCGCCCCCUCCCUUCGGACUACCAAUUGCGUCCCUUGCCGACUCGGCCUCGGCGGCGGCGGCGGUGGCGGCGGCCGCCAAGAGCAACAGCAAGAACUCCAGCAUCGCCGACCUGCGACUCAAGGCAGGACUUCUGCGGGGCCAGUGGCUCAGUCCACUCCAGGCACAGAUCACAUCCCAAGGACCGUACAAACACAUGUGGAUGUCUGUCUGAGGGCCAGGCCAGGGGCCCCCCGUCAGACCAGAGGACGUUAGAACAAAGCAAACUGGCAGGGUCGAGAGCAGAGACUCAGUGCCGCUGACUGCCGUCACUUUGACAUGCCGAGGGGUUGGGUUUUUUUUAUUUUUAUUUGGGAGGGGCGGGAGGGGUUGGAGGGGGGGGGGGGGGCACAUAUCACCUCACCAAAGCUUUGGAAUGGCUUUCACCUUUCCACCCUGCUCAGUAGUUUAAAGAAGAAAAAAAAAAAGGCCAUAUUUGUCUCCAACCACUGUGUUCGCUGCUGCUGCAGAGUGCAUGAGCUCUAAACGGAGGACCACUCCGAGCCCGGUCCCCCCCCCACCCAAACGCCCCCACCUCCCACCUGACGCAACUUCUCCACAGCUGUUUUUAACACUGCCACUCAGCAACCCUGUCAAAGUCAAAGGUCUCCAUCCCAGUCCAACAUUGCUCUUCUUGUGGACUUGUGCUGUACAGAAGAAACAGUUUUCUAUAUUUUGUUUGCUUUGCUUCGGGACGGGAAGAGACAAUUUUUGGGGCGAUGCCGGACUUGCGACGGCCAGACUCGGGUUGAAUUCCUCCUCACGGCGCGCUCUCUCUGUCUUUAUUUCCUCCUUGUUUGUGUUGUAUCUUGGGUAAAAGAAGUGAAGAUAGCCUUUGCACUUCAGGUCUUGUAAGAGGGUGUUUACAAAUGGCACUACAAGCAGAUACUACUUUACUAAUUAAAGAGGGAAGGGAGGGAGGUUUUUUUUGAUAUCAUCAUGAUAAGCAAAGGGUGUGACGGGGAUUUCCUGUUUUUAUUUUUGUUUUUGUUUUUUUUUUGCUUUUGUAAUUCUGAAAAUAUGAAGAACGCAUCAGUCAAACUGAAAUGCAAUUGUGUGCAGUUUAAGUGCAAUACUGUAUAUAGCAACAAAAAAAAGUUAAAACAGCUAGCAGUUAAUCCUUGAUGAUAAAGAAACUUUUUUUUUUGUUUUUGUUUUGGUUGUUUUCCAUGCACUGUUAGAAAGUUGAUUUUUUUUUCUUUAUAUGGCAGUGCACGUUUUAUUCCAAUCAAAAAAAAAAAAAAAAUCAAUCAGGUGCCAUAUCCCAAAUAACCCACACACAUUCAGACAUUUGUUUCGACGGGGACAUCUGUCUGGGAAGACAUGAGCACAGUUUUUGGAUUUUGCAGAAUCUAGAAACAAAAUCUAACGUAAGGUUUUGGACAAAAGAACAAAUCGGGCCUGCAUCUCAAAGCAGGCAGUUGUAUUCAGAACAAUUAGCUUAAUUUUGCAUGUAAUAAGCUAUGUUUUUUCCCCUCCCACGCCUAACCAGAUAAUUCAGACUGCAUUUAAUUGUUUUAAACAAAACCUUUAAAUUAAACACUGAAAGAUUAUUUUUUAGACAUUUUCAAACACUGCAGCACUAAAUAUGUAGAUCACUUUCAGGUCUAUAUAUACCUCCAAAACAUUUUCUAUGUUGCCAGACCUCCAUUUAGAAAUGUUUAUCUAUGUCUCCAUUUUAAAUUAAACCUAUGGGUGUUUUACUUUAUUUAUUAUUUUUGUCUGAAAGUUUUAUGGAAAGAUGAAAUAGCUGAACUACAAAUGUACAUUUUAACAUGGCUUUGCAUUUAUUUUUGUAUGUUUUUUUAAGUGUUGAAAUAGGAGGUGUGGCUGUAGUGCAUCGUUUGCCUAAAAAAAAAAAAAAAAGAAGAAAAAAGUGUAAAAAAAAAUUAAAUAAAAAAGGUAAUGUAGCGUGUCUGAGUUUACAAAGAUUUCAGGGAUGGUUGAACUAAACAAUUCUCCAUGGAAUUCGUUGUACCCAUUCAAAUGAUUUUCAUUUCAUAUGCAAGCAUGCCUAUACAUGAAUCAUCGUACAGCUGUUUUUGUUUCCACCCCUUUUUGAUUCUCAAAAAUAUGAAUGUACAUCUUGUACGAGUAAAAUAUCAAUAAAGCUAUAAAUAUUUGUA